CAGACGACAAUGUCCAUGCUUCUUCUUCCUCCGAGCAGCAGCAGAAGCAUAGCGCCUCCUCCGGCCGUCCGCUCCCCGUGCGCGCCACGAUCUCUACGCACGGGAUCACCCAGGCGACAUGCCAUAGCACGGUGUGACACUUCACGGACCACGCCAAGAAUAUCUGAAACUGAAGCUACGCUUGCUCAACCUUCAGCAGCUGUCCAAGGUGCUACUGCCCCUCUGGUUCAGGCACUGAAAUCAACUGCAGCCCAAGACGUGUCCUGCUUUCACUUCCCUGGACACAACCGAGGGAAAGCUGCUCCGUCGUCGUUGUCGAACCUUGUUGGCAUGGGAGCGUUUUUACACGACUUGCCCGAGCUACCUGAGCUCGACGACCUCUUCUACCCCAAGGGUGUGAUCUUGGAUGCUCAGAACCAGGCAGCUCGACUGUUUGGUUCAUCUAAGACGUGGUUCCUGGUCAACGGAAGUACCUGCGGAAUCCAGGCUGCAGUGAUGGCCACCUGCUCCCCUUGUGACUACAUCAUUAUACCUCGGAACUGUCACAUCUCAGUGAUCUCUGCCCUGGUUCUGUCCGGUGCUGUGCCUAAGUAUAUAGUACCAGAGUACAAUUCUGCGUGGGACAUUGCUGGUGGUGUUACACCGUCACAGGUGGAUAAAGCACUGAAGGAGCUUGAGAAGGAUGGCAAGAAAGUAGGUGCUGUUCUUGUUACUUCACCGACCUACCAUGGCAUAUGCAGCGAUGUGCAAGGUGUCGUCGAUGUUUGCCAUCCCUUACACAUUCCGGUUAUAGUUGAUGAGGCUCAUGGUGCACACUUCAGGUUCCAUCACAGUUUUCCAAGCACGGCGAUUGAGCAAGGUGCUGACUUAGCUGUGCAAUCCACGCACAAGGUUCUGAGCUCUCUUACACAGUCCUCGAUGCUUCACAUGGCUGGAGGUCUGGUUGAUGCAGAUAAAGUGAGCCAAUGCCUCCAGUUGCUCCAGAGCUCAAGCCCGAGUUACCUACUACUGUCGUCUUUAGAUGCUGCAAGAGCUCAGUUGAGCGAGAACUCGAAAUCUUUUGAUGACUCGGUGGCUAUGGCUUUAGAAACAAAAGAUCAGCUGAUGGUAAUCCCAGGGUUAUCUGUGCUGGACUUGUCAUGCUUUGCUUCCGACUUCCCUGCCAUUGAUCCUUUGCGUAUCACAUUCAGUGCUUCAGGUCUACAUUUAUCUGGAUAUGAAGCAGAUGACAUUUUAGAAGAGCAUCGAAUUGUAUGUGAGCUCGUCGGAACACAGGCGGUGACGUUUGCAGUCAACUUAGGGACCAGAAGGCAAGAUGUUCAGAAGCUUGUACAGUGUGCAAAAUAUCUCUCGGAUAAAUACAUGUCUGCAAACGAAUCAAGAUUUAGUAAGCAUAACUAUGUUCGUAGCCCAUUGGACAAGUUCUCUGUGAAGCUGACUCCAAGACAGGCCUUCUUUACAAAGAAAAGGAGAGUAUGCAUUGAGGACAGCCUUGGGGAGAUUUGUGGUGAGCUUAUCUGCCCGUAUCCACCAGGCAUCCCUGUGCUGAUACCCGGUGAGGUCGUAACUCAGGAUUCGCUGUCUUACUUACUAAACGUCAGAGACCAGGGCAUGACAAUCAGUGGAGCAGCUGAUGGUGAACUCAAGUCUAUCAUGGUAUGCAACUUGUGAUAAUUAUUCUACCAUUUCAAGAUAACUAUGUGGCAGAGAUAUUUCGAUGGUUCACGGACUCAUGAAUCAUGAUGCUUCUGUACAGUAUGAGGGACAAUAAGCGCGCAUCAGCCCAAGCAGAGGCUUCUUUUCUGUCAGAUAUGGACAAAACUUGUCUAACGGAACAACCGACUGCCUGCUUGGCCAGACAUUGAGAAUACAUCUCGUGAAGAAAGAGUUAGCUGUCAAGCUACAAGAGGAUGCCAAAAUAUAAGUAGGGUCUAUGGCAUGUGGCCUCCUGUGAGUAUGAAGCAUAAACCACUGAAGUGGCAACCUUUUCCUGUGAAGUGCCUUGGAAUAACGGCGCGCCCAAUCUGCAUCGGCUGUGACUCCGAGCUCGACCAUCCGCUGCAGUUUGUACUCCUUUUCAAGGUUUCCCAGAAGUAUGUUGCAAGGUUGCCCAAGCAGGUACUCUAGCUGCUUCUGUAAGUCCCACAUCAACUCAAGAAUUCAUUAAAUAUUCCACUGAACGUGUACCGAAAGAUUUUAUCAUCUAAUGCAUCAUUGCAAAUGUAACCACCAUUUCUUUAUUUGUGCAAGAAGAAGAGGCUAUACUGACAAUACUUCCAAACUAAGGCCUCCACCAAAACGUGGGGCUCGAAACAGUGACCAAAGCAGUAGAUUUUGGUUGAAAGAAUUAGAUUAAGGGACUAAUCAACUCAUACCUUGCAAUCACCAACCAGGAAAGUAAUGUGAUGAUGAUUAAUUGAUAAUGAUGGUGCAGUUAGGUUUGUCACGGGCUGGCUUUCUGCCAGAAACAAAGCUCACCUUAAACAACAAGGACCUGGGAGCUAACACUCUGCCCCCACUGUGCUGCUUGUUCCCUUCCCAAUUAAUUAAGCUCAUAAAUAAAACAAAAUCUGGGCUGAUCCUUCCCACUAAUCAAACCCUGUUAUGAUAUCCACC